AUGGUUGACGCCGGGUUCGGAAUCGUGCCUCGGUGCAUCCCGGGCACACCAACCCCGUUCUCUCUGCACGUCCCAGAUGCCGACCUGAACCAACUAUCCAGCCUCGUCAAGACGGCCGUCGUAGGAAGCCCCUCGUUCUACAACACGCACGGCGCAGACGACGGGCCCGACUACGCGUUCGGAAUGACGCGAGACUGGUUCACUGCGGCGGCGGACGAAUGGGUCAACAAGUUUGACUGGCGCUUGCACGAGAAGCACUGGAACUCGUUCCCCCAGUUCACCAUCAACGUGACCGCUCCGUCGGAUGGCCAGGUCUUUAACCUCCACUUCGCGGCCCUGUUUUCACGCAGGCGCGAAGCAACUCCGAUACUCUUCUCGCACGGCUGGCCGAGUUCGUGGAUUGAUUUCGUCCCUAUGCUCGAGCUCUUGACAACAAAGUACACCCCCAGGACGCUGCCGUACCAUGUCAUCGUUCCCUCCAUCCCGGAUUAUGGACUCUCCACCCGCAGCAAUCUCACCCGGACGGAGCUCGACUUUCGCAAGGCUGCCGAGGCACUCAAUGAGCUAAUGAAGGCGCUGGGGUUCAACGCGUACAUCGCCCAGGGCGGGGAUGUCGGGUCGGGCCUGACGGCAACGCUCGGGACGUUCCACCAGGAGUGCAAGGCCGUCCACUUUAAUAACCUCAUUCUCACACCCUCGGAGAUGUCGGCAGUUGAAAACCUCCCGGUCACUUCAGAAGAGGGCGCCACGCUCGCUCGUGCUGCCCAGUUUGGCGACCGCGAGACCGGGUACAUCCUGGAACAGGGAACAAAGCCGGGGUCCCUCUCUCUGGCCCUGAUGUCGAAUCCAAUGGCGUUGUUGGCAUGGAUUGGAUCCAUGUACGUCGAGCACACCAACUACUCUGUCGACACAAUUCUGCAACAGGUCUCCUGGUACUGGCUCACAAAGUCGUACGGGCGUGCCCUCUGGUCGUACCGGUCCGUCUGGGCCGCUGUUCUCCGGGACGAUGGCGGGAACCUGCCGUCGCCUCUUGCCAUCACCACAAAGCCGCUGGGAUAUUCUUGGUACCCAGACGAGGUGCUGAGCGUUGCCAAGUCCUGGCUAGAGUAUUGGUUCCCAAACAAUCUGGCCUUCCUCAAGGCGCACGAGAGUGGAGGCCACCUCGCGGCGUUCGACGAUCCGGAGGGCUUUUUGCAGGACAUGGAGGCUUUUGUGGCCAUUGUAAAGACCAAGGUCAGAUUAUAA